GUUGAAAAUAGUAGAAUGGACAGAUAUAUAAACACAAGGAGUCAAAGAUAUUCACCAUAUCCUACUUCACUCCAUGAUAAUGCUAAUAUAAACAACCCUGGUAUAAAAAAUUCUGAGCAAAAUAUUAGCAUUCUCCUGCCUCCAAUUGAAACAUUAUCUCUCCAACCACCACCUUACUCACAGGCCACAAAUGAAGCACAAAAUAAUAAUUAG